AUGCUUAGAAACGAAAUAGAGAAGACUGUUGAUACUUUGGAAGCCGAUGAGUUUGUUAAACGAAAGACGAAGAUGAUUUUUAAAGAUAUGGGUACCUUCAAUCGAGUUUCUAUCAGGACACAAAAUAAAUGGGCUAUCGAAAAUUUAAAAUCCCUUGAAACUCGCCAACGUAAAGGUUGUAGACGGCUUGGUCCGUCGCAGCAAGAGGACGAGCAAAGGUUGACUUUUAAUGUGAAUGCAUUCAAGUCACACGUGCGUCCAAAUUUCGUCCUAACGAAGACCACCAGACAGCACCUUAUGAUGCCACGCCUCAAGAGAACUGCCACACAUCUAAAGGUGUUCGCUGCUAUCAUCGAUAACCUCAAACUAUUUGCCACCUACCCACAUAGUGUUCGACAAGGACUCGCAAAGAUCGCUAACUAUGAAGCUUGUGAAGAAGGGACGGUGAUUGUUAGACAAGGUGAUACUGGUCAUUCGUUGUACUUCAUUCUGACUGGUAGUGUCUCGGUGGUAGUCGCUGAAGACGACACGAACCUUCAUGAGAGUCGAAAACAGACUGUUGCCGCGAUGUUUGCUGGUGACAUGUUUGGAGAAGUGUCCCUGUUACAUAACAUUGAACGAACAGCAACAAUCAUAUGCAGAGAAAGAUCCGAAUUCCUGAGGAUUGAUAAACCAGAUUUUAAUAUGGUUUUGAAAACCAGUUAUGAAGAGGAGUGGAAGUCACGUGUCAAUUACCUGAGAUUUCUUCCCGAGUUUCAAGGCUUUUUUUCGAAUAAAGAACUACAAAACGCUGCAGCUAAUUCUAAAGUAGUCCAGUACCCAGAAAAUACGGUAAGCAAGAUUUCAGUGUUCAAAUGUAGUCAAAUAUUUCAAACGUUUAAAUAA